AAACCACGCACCGCUGUGAGAGGAGAUAUAUACUUAUAUUGUACUGGACAGUGAUGGGUGCCCCCUGGGGUGAAAUGACCAUUUGACCAGCCUGGUCGGUACAAAGUGACCACCAAACCCGCAUUAUCUGCUUCGAUGGUAUAUUUGGCCAGUUUAUCGCAUAGUUUAGGUUUUAUGUGUGGGAAUAUCUAGGAUCCAUAGUCGGGUCACUGCCACCCAUCUCAGUGGUUCCCCUGACUGUCUUCUCUGGUCGACGUCUUCGUUCUUGAAGGACUUCUGCUAACACUGUGGCGGAUGCUCAUAGAAUCGUGUGUUGAACUUCCGGGUCAAAGGUAGCUUGACUCCUGACCUCCGCACGUGAGAUUCAGAUAACGGAUUGGAAGAAGAUGAUGGGAGUAUAUAUGGAGUAAGGAAUGUUGCAAGGCAGUGAGUGAAGGGACGUUGAUCAGGUGAAUCGGGACAGCUACCUGGAGCAGACGACAGUGAGAGAGUCCACCACACCGGUCAGCGUGUUGUGAAGUGGACAGUGUGUUGGGAUACAGGGAUGUUGUGACCACGGCUUGGGUGUGAGUAGUGACUUGAUUGAGUGAACAGAUCUCCCGCUGAUCACAAGCCCUAAGAUAACAAUACUGCAAAUUAGUUCAAACUGACGAACGUGGAUAAGGUUGUGAUAAACUGUCAACCUUUGUCAUUGAGUGGACGAGAUCAUACCUGGGCACGGAUAUAAACCAUCCCAGUUUAGAUUCCUCCAUACAUCAGUGUUGUACUUUGGAACGCGCGUGAACAGUCGAGCAGACGACACUUCAGCUGUCAAAGAUACCAGUGACUUUAUUGAGUAUUUAUAUCAAACUGUCAGUGAAUUUUCCCCACACAAGAUCACGCGCUGAUACAGAAGAGGAAGCAGACGACAGUUGAUCUCCGGAACAGACGAUAUUCACACGAGAUUGGAAUAGCGUUACAACGUCCUUCGUUAUGACGAAGUCUCGGUGACAGUUACGUGAUGGAGUGUGCUUGUACCGGACAGAAUUCCUAAAAUCGUAUUCGAGGGAAACAGGAGUGUUUCGCAUCCUUGUGAUCUGAACUAACUGUCAUCCGCGGAAUCUCGAAUUCCGCUUUCUACUUAGUGGUUUACCGGAUAAUGAGGUUUGUGGUCAUCGUCAUGACAGGAAUCGGAUUCACCUUCGGCGUCAUCAUCGGCCUUUUCGUCCAGCUUCCAGUGGACACCUUACCUGCCGACAACAACUUCAUCGGUUCAAAUGGAAUCCUUCGUCACCGGAGAAGCCUUCAUGGACUCGAUUCACCCCAAGGCCAGUAUACCCUGUCCAGUGAUACGAACGCAGACAAUGAGAGAACUUUAUCUAAACCAAUUCCCAUCCGUUCGCCUGAUCAGGAAAUCGGACUGGGUAGCCUUGUGCACAAUGCAAAUAAUAUUGGAAGAAAAGACUCCGCUUUCUUUGAUGUGAAUGAAAACCAACCAAGCAGAAAUUCGGAUCAGGUGCAAUCGAACUUUGGGCAGAGUAAACAGGAGAGUAAUUCAGUACAUUCCGCGGGGGACAGGUCGCCCGGAGGAAGGGUGGAUACGGGCGCUUCCUUAACCAAGAACCAGGCGUCGGUGUCACUGAGAGUGAAGGUCAAGUCGAACUCAAAAGUUGCAGCGGCUAUGGAGAACAAUUCAAAAGCUAAGGCCCCAGUUGAUGGUGAUCAAGUACUGGGUUUAGCCCCGAUGACAUCGGGCAUUCACUGGGCGCGAGAUCUAGAGAGUCAGUGUCCAAAGGGAUUUACCAAGACUGAUUCUGAUGCAUGGAGGAUUAAGUCAAAAUCUGCGUCUAUUGUGAAGAUGGAGGAGGGUUGUGGACGUAUGCAGAACCGCCUGGUUACGUUUGAUGACGCUUCUAAAGCGUGUGUGAGGUACAGACUCAACACAGACCAGAUACAAGGGGAGAUAUACUCCUAUUACCUUGCCAAGCUUCUAAAUAUGACCAACCUACCCCCAUCUUCCCUCCACAGAGUGGACAGAGUGAGUGACCAGUGGAAGGCCGUCCAUCUGGAUAUAGCAGACUCUAUGUGGGCUGACGGUAAGGUGGUCAUCCUUACCGAAUGGGUGGACAAUCUAAACCCUGCGUACAUUCCCGAACCCUUGAAAGAGAAUUCAAGGAAAAUUCACCCUUCUGAUGAAAUGUGGAGAGGUAAACCUCUCAGUCAUGUGUGUGAUUUAAUGCAGUGGUCAGAUUUGAUUGUGUUUGACUAUCUGACCGCUAAUCUUGACCGUAUGGUCAACAAUAUGUUCAAUCGCCAGUGGAACGAACAAAUGAUGAAUAAUCCAGCUCAUAACCUUGAGAGAGCUCCAUCGGGGAACCUUCUCUUCCUGGACAACGAGUCCGGACUUUUCCAUGGAUACCGUUUAUUGGACAAAUACACGGGGUAUCACUCCGCACUGUUGAAGUCACUAUGUGUCUAUAAACAAAGCACCGUGGAGGCUGUGAAAAAGUUAUAUAGAAAUGACAAUAUAGGAAAAGAGCUUCAUAGACUUUUCUCAGAAGAAGAGACAUUGCAUUCCUCCUUGCCGGAUAUCCCACAGAAAAAUAUCAAAAUAUUGAAAGAACGCUUAAAAGACGUUUAUAACCAAAUUAGUCAGUGCGAGUUGCAGUACGGCAGCUAACUAUUGUGAUAAUAAUUACAUUAAGCCUCUCAUACACGACUGGGGGUAUACUAAAUACGUAGUCCUGUUAGUUCGUACAAUACUGCAAGUAUUAAUACUAUCAGGGACUAGAGUAUGCCAGUAUUAACUGUUCUUUGUGUGUCUCGAUUGUAUCAUCCUAAAUUUAAAGUGCACCUAAGUGAAAUAUGUGCUAUGUGGUUUAAGUGCUAAUACUCCUAGUCGUGAAUGGGUGGUAAUGUUACGAUGACGACCCUACUGUCAGCCGGGGGUGAGGCGACAGGGUGAGGCAGUGUAGUAAGUUUAUUCCUGUGGGUGAGGCGAGCACAUUACCAGCACCAUAAAGCUUUUAAUUUAAAAAAAAUCAUUUGUAUUUUCCUUGUUUUAUAUUUACCAAAUUUCGAUGCAAAUGUACAUGAUGAAUGUACGUGGAUUUUGUUGUAAUGAAAUUUCAAAUAUUUAAUGUUCUCGGUGACUGUUAGAUAUCUCGCAUUCCACUGAUACGGUAUCUGUAAUGUGUAUCGGCGAGAUCGUGGACUGUGUGAUACAUAGCCGUUCUUGAUGGGCAGCAGCAUGCUCUAUAUGAGCCUGAUAUGUGUGCGUGACACUUGCCUCAUCUUCAGGUGAUAAGCUAGAUGGUAACGGGGAUACAAGGGCUAUUGUGAUGAUAACAAGCGAUAUCAAAUAUUAGCAGAGUGCAGUGAUAUCCCAGUAACAGUCUCACUGUAACUUUAACGUGAUAAGUAAAUACUCACUCCAGAAGUCGUUAUAACGACUAAGAUAUGUUCCGAAGUCUGUUUGGUCAUAUUUAAAACAUUUUGUUAAUUUUCUUUUCUGAUUUGAAACCAUAUUGUGUAAUAACUUUCAUUUAAUGAAUUCUUAUAUUAUAUUUCAUCAUUUUCACAGAUAAUAUGUCAUGGUCAGGAAUUGCGAUAUAUUCCAUGUGACUUGUGUGUCAUGAUUUUACAGUUUUCGAAUUUAAGUAUCAAAUAAAAUUAAUGUAAAUUAAAAUUAGUACUGUAAAAAUAUCAAUUGAAAUUACCUCUCAUUAUCUUGCUUUUUAAAUAUACGCAGACAUUGCAAAAUAAUGUACAUCACGUGGUAUGUUUGGAUAUUAUCUGUUGAUGUUAUUAUGAAUUGUAGCUAAUUGCUACAUUGCUAAUUACAUGCUAAUUACGAAUUGUUACUAAUUAGCUAUGUCUGGUCACCCCCGAACAGCAUUAUCUCACCACGCCAGCUCGUGGUAUGGGUCGUAAUCCUCAAGUCUGUGAUUGUACAAAUACAGGAAUUGCAUUCCAAAUGUCUCUUUCAUUCCAGUCAUUGUAUAUAACAUGUCAUAAUGUCUCCAAGAGAAUUGUAUAUAUGUAUAUCUUUAUGGGGGUACAACGUACUUGAUGACAAUCAGAAUUCUGUGAAGGAAAUUCCUUCACGCCUCCUGCAAGUGAUGAAAGUCAUAAAAUAAAUUAUUUUUAAAUAAUUA